UUUACGCGCGGAUUGAAAGAGAAAGAUAGAAGGAUAGAAGUCAGUUGCGAUGAAAACAAAGUGGCAUCUCUUUGUUUUGUGGAGUGUUUUAUCACUUGGCAUCCUUAGAGCUGCAGCAGACACGUAUGAAUAUCCAUUCAGAAGAAGGAAAAGGGUUUUCAAACUGGGCACUCCAAAAUCUAAACCAAUAGAUCUGUUAACAUUAGAAGGCAGAGAGUCCAGUCUGAGCUUACCUGCCAGCACAGCUCCGAUUCCUCAACUCGGGUCACAUCUGCCUUCAAAGCCAGUAACACCUCGAUCUAUGCGUCAGGACGCAAACAUCCAGUCGGACUUCGCUUUUCUCCCAGACGUCUCGGUAACCUGCUCCACGUCGGACUUAGUAGUUCGGGUUAAACCAGCUUUCUACGGCCUAGGCGCAGACGCAGACGAGCUGAAAUUAGGCAGCAGCUGCACAAGCAACGGGCUCCUCAGACCGUACGGUGACCUGCUCUUCACGUAUCCACUGACAGCGUGUGAUGGAGUGCGUGAGCUGCCACACGGUUACCUGGUCUACAAAUUUGAGCUCCAUUAUGAGCCUUCGUCAAGGCGUUUUCCGAGCAGAGCGCACCCGAUCAAAGUCGAGAUUGAGUGCCGUUAUCCAAGGGACCAUCAUGUACACCAGCUGGCUGUACAGCCCACCUGGCAAACCUAUGUUAUGCGUAAAAGGCUGAAAGGACGUCCGACUGAUUUCCAGAUCAAGUUAAUGGAUGAUUUAUGGAGCAAACCAGCCAAGUCCCACGUUUACCAGAUUGGGCAAACUGUAAAUUUCCAAGUUUCUGCUCCUUACCUCCCUGUUGGAGGAAAACUGUACAUCAAUAGCUGCUAUGCAGCACCAUCCAGUGACUCCAAAUCAUCCCUCCAAUACGCCAUCAUAGACAACUAUGGCUGUAUGAUGGACAGCAGGCGAGACCCAGGGGCCUCUCAGUUCAUUUCUCGGACAAACAAAAGCCUGAGGUUGUCCUUAAAGGCCUUCCAGUUUACCGUUGACCCUGACACUGAGGUCAACAUCCACUGCAAAUUAUUCGUGACAUCAGAGGACCCAGGUCCUACACACAAAUCCUGCACCUACAGAGGCAACAGGUGGAAGGCUCUCACUGGCGAUGACUCCAUAUGUGACUGCUGUGAGUCACAAUGUGUGAUCUCUAAACGUCGGAGAGCCAUGAUGGAAGGCUCUGCCAGAAGUGGGCCGUUGUUGGUUUCAGAUCAGCCGUACACACCAGAAGAAGGCUUUCUACCAGUCAGAUCCUCUACCUUUAGCAAGGGAAAAGAAGACGAGACCGCAGAAAAACAUGACAUCGAUGAGCUGCACAGUCACGAAAAGCUCUGGGAAAGUGAGGAUGUGGUAAAGAAUGAUGAUAGUUUAGCUGAGGAGGAGCAGCAGCUUGAAGAAAGAGGAAUUACCCACGGAGAGAUGAAAGAACCUGAUUUAGAUGAGUUAAGUUUUAGGGAGAGGGUUUUGGACAAGUGGAGUGAAUCUGAAUUAAGGAGCUUAAAUGAGUUUGAGCAGGAUGGAUCAGGAUAUGAAGAAAAAAAUCUUUCAGAGAGCAAGGUGAAGGAGAGAUUUAGGGGGAAAGGUGAGAUUUCUGACAUGGAUCAAAUGAUCCAUCGGAGUCGGAAGGAAGGUGAAGGGCUUCAUCGCUGGGUGCAGGUGGAGGAGAUGUUACCAUCAGAAGUCAACUUACAGAGAAAGGUUAAGCCACCUAACUCUAAAGAUGGGGUAGAAAACAGGACAUAUACAGGCAGAGGUGAAGAGGGUGAGAGGAUGAUAGCUUCAGAGGUGCAGAGGAAGAAUGACAGCAGCCUGGCAGAUGUGGAUGAUGGGGAGAUGACUUGGUAUUUCACAUGGAGGUAGUGUUUCAUCAGUGAAUGGAGUACUCUGCUCUAACUCUUCAUAACAAAAAUCUUUGAUUCAUUUCAAUAAAAGUAGAUAUGAA